AAAAAAACAACAACAAUCUGGUGGCGUCUGGCAGCACUUUAUGAAGACUUUGCGCUGGUACUCUUUGCUGGUGAAGUGACAAGACGUAACUACUUGUCAGACUCGGAUUCAGAUGAAAGAUGUCUGACAGUACAAGUGACACAGAAUCAUCUUGUGGAUGGACCAUAAUAAGCAAUGAGGGUUCUGAUAUUGAAACGAUUGGACCUGAAAACUGUGGAACUGAAGUUAUACCUGAUCUACCAGUAGAUUCCUCUAGUCUGAUAGAAGGCAACUUAAAUGAAUCCUCAGUGACAAGCCAUGCUCCUGCAGAGCCGAUUUUUGAAUGCAGUCAUGUUGAGGGGACUCUAUCCAUUUCUAAGGAAACGGAUGUGACAGUACCAGAUGACCAGGUUGUAUUUGGUUCUUCAAGUGACCAUUCUGACAUUGUGACCCUUGAGCCUGAACUUGCGAUGUGGGAAACAAAUGAAAGUCUUGCCCAGGACAAUGAAAUUAAUGAGGAGCUUGACCUUGGCUCCUCUUCUAGUAGUCAGUACACAUUUAACACUCCAGACGCAGUCAAACAAACUGAAUCGAGCAGUGAUGAGAAAAGUGGACAAUCCACUCCUGUGCUGCGCAGGCGUCGCCUUAGAAAGACCACUGUCUCAAACUCUGAAGAUAAUGAGAUUCCACUUGAGGAACAGCAGCAAGAGCAAGAAUCACACAAUGUGUCUCAGCCACCCCAGCAAGUCGGUGGCACCCUUAAUCGAUGCAUCUUAUUGGCACUGGUCAUAGCUAUUAGCAUGGGAUUUGGACACUUCUAUGGAACAGUGCAGAUCCUGGAACGAAACAGAGUUGUUAAGAAAAUUCAUGAAGACCAACUAAACGAUGUUAAAGAUGACCUGUAUCAAUGUCAGAAAGAGCAAGACAUGUCCGUUGAAAGCAAGAAAAUUGUUGGCCAACUGUCAGAAGACUUGGAGGAAAAGAGAGACAUGGUGCUCUCUUUGACAGGAAUUAUGGAUAAAAUAAGUAAAGAGAACCAGCAGCUCAGAAUGAAACAGGCUGAGCUACAGUUGCAGAAUGAUGAUCUUCUGUUGCAACUCAAACAGAGUGAAGAAGAAAUGAAUUCUGUUGAAUUGCGACAGAAAAAUCUUGCUUUGGAAAACUGGCACUUAAAAACAUCUCUAAAACAGGAAGAAGAAUCGCUGUCCACUUUGCAGGAAGAGCUGAGGAAUCUGAGAAUGCAGAUUCAAAAUUUGGAGGAGAAAGGAACCAAUUCUGACCACAUCUUGACAGAGAAUCAGAUGCUGAAAGAAUAUCUGAAGGAGGAAAAGCAGCAGAUUCAAAAUUUCCUAAAGCAGAAAGAGAAUUUGAUGGCAGAAGCCCAGAUGCUAAGGCUGGAACUAGAUAAGGAACGGCAGGUGACUAACAACCUCAAAGAGGAGUUGGGCCAUCUGCGUCAAGCCUCGUCAGAUAUGAGGGAGACAGACCCAGAGACUGAAGAACUGCAGGCAAGAUUAGCUGAAUUAGAAAAAAAACUGAACUUUGAGCAGCAGCGCUCAGAUCUUUGGGAAAGAUUGUAUGUUGAAAUGAAGGAAGGACAAGCUGACACCUCAAAACCCAAAAGGUCAAAGGGUGAAAGUGUGUUUACAUCAGUUAAAAAUACAUUUGAUGCAGUGAAAAAUUCCACCAAAGAAUUUGUUCAUCACCAUAAGGAGCAAAUCAAAAAAGCCAAAGAAGCUGUCAAAGAAAAUCUGAAAAAAUUCUCGGAUUCUGUAAAAUCUACUUUUAGACAUUUCAGAGAUUCUGCUACUAACAUCUUUGACAAGAACUGGAAAGCGCCUAUAAACCGGGCUCAAGGCAGAAAUGUUGGACAGCCAUGCCAACAUGUAAAGGAACAAAGUCGAGAUGGUGAGGAUGAAGUUGAAAGCUUGUGGUGGCAGAAUAACCCUCAAAAACCUUGUUUUAAGCACCAAAGAAAAUCAACAGCCAAUGCUGAUCGAGAUUAUUUCCAGAGUAAAUAUGAAGGACAGUCUUAUAACUCCCAUAACAGUGACACUAGGCAAAAAACUCCUAAAGGUUGUUCAGAUGUGUUUGACUGUGCAUAUCAAGAAUCCAUGAGUUUAUUUAACAAAGCCAUAGACCCUGUCAAAGCAGAUGAAUUCAUUCAGCUAAUGCACCGCUACUUACAGCAAGAAGUGAAUCACUUCCAUCACUGGAGAGAGCUGGAGAAUUUUAUUAAUAGAUUUUUUCACAAUGGCAUUUUCAUACAUGACCAGAUGCUCUUUACUGAUUUUGUUAGUGGUGUUGAGAAUUAUCUUGAGGACAUGAAAGAGUACCAGAAAGGAGGCCAAGAUGUUUUUGAAGAUCUAGAUGAGUACGUGUAUAUGUACUUCUUUGGAGAGACAUACUCCCAGCAGCAUGGGCCAAGUAGACCCUUUGAAGGGCCAUUUCCCAAAAAUGAGAGGCUUAAAAAAUCUGAGCACAAACCCCAAAGACAUCACAUGGUACGUUCAAAAGAGAGGAAAUGGAACAAAGAGGGAUGCACCAAAGGACGACAUAUGACCAAUGUCAAAACUGAGCUGGGUCCAACGCCGUUUGAUCUAAAAUAUUGAAAUGUCUUGCUGUGGUUAAUAACGAACAUGUCUAAGUUUACACGUUGGACAAGGAAGAAGUGGAACAUGUUAGAAUUUGUUUGUGUCUCUGGCUAUGCAAGGUACUGGGCUCACCAUUGUGGUUCGGGUCAUAUUUGUUUCUACAACAUGCAGUGUCUCACAGUUGUCACAGAAUGUAAUGUAAAUUAUAACACAAAAUUCCAAUGACAGGGUUAAAGUGUGAAUUUGGGAUGAAAUGGAGGUUUUCUUCAUUUCUGCUGAAGUGCAAUGGGAUGAGGUGGACUUGAACUAGUGGUUUAUGUUUAAGAAAUGUCAGAAAUCUUCUCCUUUUUAACACCUUUGGGCAUGUUUGAUAUAGUAAUGAACUCUUCAAAGUUGCACGUGUGUGUCCUUUGUCAUGAAGAAGUGUCAUUCCUCAACUGUUCUAAUUGUUUAUGGUGUUUUAAAAUCUGGGCAGUCUUUCUCAAGUCUAGAGUGUGAUCUUUUGGAGUUCGCCAAAGUUAGCAACAGAAAUGUUUCUUAAAAAUUCCUGCUUCCUGUUUUAUUAAUUUCUAGUCUUUUACAAAUAUGGCAACCUUUUGCUUAAUUAAAAAAAUGUGAAAGUAUGUCUGUACAAUGUUUGGUUUGAGCAGUUUUGCGGGGCAGAUACUCGCAGGCUUGCAAACACUUAAAAACGUUUGUCAAAAGUUCUAAAAAAGUGAAGAACUUCAUUAAGUUAAUCAUUGACGUGGACUAGCUGUACGGGACUGUAUCAUUAAGAGAUGUUAAAGGGCUUUGCACUAUGUUUUAACUUUCAAUAGAAUCGGGAGACCACAAAAACAAAAAUUAUUAAUGGAUAAUAUCUAGAAUUAGAAUAAAGCAAGCUGCCAUGUCACUAAUGAUGCAUUUUUGUUCUGUUUUUCAGUAAUCUGUUAGUGCAAACACAUUUCUAACAUUCCAACGUGAGCUCUGUAAUUUUUGUUUUCUCUAAGACUGGUUAAUGGCAUUUGUUUAACUUUUUGUGCUUUUAAAAGGAGUGCAUUCCACAGGACCCUAAUAAAAUGAAAUAAAAACUG